CAUGCUGGCCACCCGCCUCUCCAGACCCCUGUCUCGGCUCCCAGGAAAAACCCUAAGUGCCUGUGAUAGAGAGAAUGGAGCAAGAGCAACACGGGGGUCAUGGGAAUACAGACUGAUGCUCUUUGGAUGGAGUCAUUCACGAGCUUUGGGUGUACCGACCACACUAUCCUGAUCACUUGAGACCGUCCGUGCACAGGGACUUAAAAUCCAGACUCCUCUGUGGCAGUACAAAAGGACAGGGGGUUACCUUGGCAGGUUUUCCUACUGAACCCUCAUUUCUGUCUAGUGAAUUUAAUGUUCUUUAAGAACAUAUUUUAAUAAUUUUUUAAAAGCUUAAUAUGUUGAAUAGGUAAUAUAUUUACAUGGUACAAAAUUUGAAUGGCAGGCCGGGCGCCGUGGCUCAUGCCUGUGAUCCCAGCACUUUGGGAGGCCAAGGCAGGCGGAUCACCUGAGGUCAGGAGUUCAAGACCAGCGUGGCCAACAUGGUGAACCCCCGUCUCUACUAAAAAUACAAAAAUUGGCCAGGUGUGGUGGUGCAAGCCUGUAGUCCCAGCUACUCAGGAGGCUGAGGCAGGAGAAUCGCUUGAACCCAGGAGGCGGAGGUUGCAGUGAGCUGAGAUCGUGUCACUGCACUCCAGCCUGGGCAACAAGAGUGAAACUCUGUCUCAAAAACAAAACAAAACAAAACAAAAAACAAAAUUUGAAUGGCAUCAAAUGGUAUACAGAAAAGACGCCCACUAUUGCUUGCUUCUACUUCCUUUAUCCCGACUGGCCGUCAGACUUAUGCCAGUGCGUUGGAGCCGGUUGGCAGCAAAGCUGUCCUGGUCACAGGCUGUGACUCUGGAUUUGGGUUCUCAUUGGCCAAGCAUCUGCAUUCAAAAGGCUUCCUUGUGUUUGCUGGCUGCUUGAUGAAGGACAAAGGCCAUGAUGGGGUCAAGGAGCUGGACAGCCUAAACAGUGACCGAUUGAGAACCGUCCAGCUCAAUGUCUGCAGCAGCGAAGAGGUGGAGAAAGUGGUGGAGAUUGUCCGCUCGAGCCUGAAGGACCCUGAGAAAGGGAUGUGGGGCCUCGUUAACAAUGCCGGCAUCUCAACAUUCGGGGAGGUGGAGUUCACCAGCCUGGAGACCUACAAGCAGGUGGCAGAAGUGAACCUUUGGGGCACAGUGCGGAUGACGAAAUCCUUUCUCCCCCUCAUCCGAAGGGCCAAAGGCCGCGUCGUCAAUAUCAGCAGCAUGCUGGGCCGCAUGGCCAACCCGGCCCGCUCCCCGUACUGCAUCACCAAGUUCGGGGUAGAGGCUUUCUCGGACUGCCUGCGCUAUGAGAUGUACCCCCUGGGCGUGAAGGUCAGUGUGGUGGAGCCCGGCAACUUCAUCGCUGCCACCAGCCUUUACAGCCCUGAGAGCAUUCAGGCCAUCGCCAAGAAGAUGUGGGACGAGCUGCCUGAGGUCGUGCGCAAGGACUACGGCAAGAAGUACUUUGAUGAAAAGAUCGCCAAGAUGGAGACCUACUGCAGCAGUGGCUCCACAGACACGUCCCCUGUCAUCGAUGCUGUCACACACGCCCUGACCGCCACCACCCCCUACACCCGCUACCACCCCAUGGACUACUACUGGUGGCUGCGAAUGCAGAUCAUGACCCACUUGCCUGGAGCCAUCUCCGACAUGAUCUACAUCCGCUGAAGAGUCUCGCUGUGGCCUCUGUCAGGGAUCCCUGGUGGAAGGGGAGGGGAGGGAGGAACCCAUAUAGUCAACUCUUGAUUAUCCACGUGUGGAUUAUCCACCAUGCCAGGAAGACCCAUAACUGGUUUUAACACGAACUAGAGGGAAUGACUUCUUUGCAUAGUGAGUGACUUGGGCCUUCACAAACAGGCUGUGGAGUGGCAGGCAGGGGCCUCUAAAUCUCAGGGCAAACAUGGUGAAUCUAUCUCUCUGGAGAUAAUUUCAUACAGAGAUGUUAAGAAAACAUCUUUAUAUUAAAAACAGAUUUAUUGUAGAAUAGAAUCAAAACUCCUUUAUGUCUUCAAGUCAAAUUAUCAGUUUUUAAAAAUUAUCUCAUUUGAUCCUUAAGCCAGUCUCAUGAAUGAAAAGGACAGGUUUUUUUCUUUUGUACAUGAAGCAUUUGCAGCUUAAAGAGGAUGCAUGAAAUAACCCUUUUACCGCUUAUAAAUAGUGCCAGUCAUGUGUUCCCGCCACGGCUGUGGAAAUACUUCACAUUUGCAUUCCAGGACUGUUUUGGAUCCAUUUGCCCAAGAAUCUUCUGACUAACUCUGUGUCCUCAUCUGAGCAGCACAUACCAAGUGCCCACUGGUACCUCUGCAUGUCCAUGGUGCUGUGUGACUGGCCAGCCAGCAGCCAGUGACUCAGAGCUGGCUGUAUGGAGGGGGUGGGAAUGUUUCUGGAGAUUUUUUUUUUUCCAGACACAGUCUUGCUCAGUCCCCUAGGCUGGAGUGCAGUGGCACCAUCUCGGCUCACUGCAACCUCCGCCUCCCUGGUUCAAGCGGUUCUCCUGCCUCAGCCUUCCAAGUAGCUGGGGUUAUAGGCACCCACCACCAUACCGGGCUAAUUUUUGUAUUUUUAGUAGAGAUGGGGUUUCACCAUGUUGGCUAGGCUGGUCUCGAACUCCCGACUUCAAGUGAUCCGCCUGCCUUGGCCUCCCAAAGUGCUGGGAUUCCAGGCAUGAGAUUUUUACUUGAGAUUUUUCUAUCCUCUUUUAGGACUCAGGAUAGACUUGUGUGGAGGUGCUCUCUGGCUAAGAGGAUAAGUUGUUACUGGUUUGGGUCUGCUUGGUUUUGCCUUGGGUGGGGCCAGUGUCAAUGGGGCAGGCUUGGCACGAGCAGUGGUGCCAUGGCAGGGCACUGUGGCAUCUUCUCCCCUAGCAGUGGAUUUGGGGUCCCUGCUUGCCUCACGUGGUGCUCACACACAUGCGCGCGCGCACACACACACACACACACACACACACCCCUGUUCUGCAGGGCUUCAGCGUGGCCUUCAUUCCCGCCUGGCCUCGGCCUAUUUUCAAUUAAGAAGUGAUGCCACUUGAGGCAGGGUCUGCAUGAUCACUUCUUGGGUUUGAGUUUGAAAGCUGCCAUCCCUGCAACUGCCCAGGGCCUGUAUGUUGGGACGAAAACCAAACACCACUGUCCUCCAGGGGGCUUUCGGCCCGGGGCAGGGUCCCAAGUGCCAGCCUUACAAAUCAGACUCAACGUUUCCGCCUCUCCCUGGGCGGGCUGGGCCUGCGGCUAGAGGGCGCGCGCCUCCUCCGCAGCCGCCGCCGGCCUCCAAGGCCCCAGACUCCCGAGCUGCCGCCCGAGCCUGAGGUUUCUCACGGCGUUCGGGAUUCUCACUUCGGAAACUGGGAACAAAGAAGCAAGCAACACCCUUUAGAAACAGUGUUCUCGCUCUCCUAGCAGCUGGCCCGAACCUGGAGUCUGGUGCCAGGAGAAGGCAGAAGAACCCGGGCAGCUGGAGUGGGCUGUGGGGUUCAGGCAGUGCCAAGGAAGAAGGGUCUCACAAUGGGCAAAUUCAGCUUGCCUCUUGGGCCUUUGUCCCCGCUGUCUUCAAACAGGGAUCCCCUGUCCCAGCUCCCCUAGGAGGAGGGAGGGGAGGCAGGCAGGGCUGAAACCCUCCAGAGCCCAGAGGGGGGACGUUUGGUGGCCACUGCAUUUACAUAAAACCCUCCAGAGCGCAGAGGGGGACGCUUGGUGGCCACUGCAGUUACAUAACCAUAGGAUGCUUUUGUACCGUGGACCUUGUUCUAGCAGGAUCCUUUCGGAAUUGCAUUUUUACAUGUUGGGCGAAUUUGUUUUCGUGCUGAAGUUUAUUAAAGGAAAAUAGAUGGA